CCUGGUGGGCUCGUCAUCGCCGCCCUCUUACAUUGGACAGCCUCCUUCGCCGCCACCGCUGCAAACCAUACUCCUUCAUACCAUCAGCUUCUCCGUCUAAAGCCCCAGCUCAGGUAGACGCGGAAUUCGCCGCCGAUUUCUUGCAGUGGCUGGAGCUGAAGGCCCGAACAGAGAUAUCUUCUGCCCUUUCCAUUGGAGAUUCCACAUUCGGAAGGUCUUUGUUUGCUCGAACGCAUAUAAAAGCUGGGGAUUGUAUAUUGAAGGUUCCAUAUAGCGUGCAAGUGUCAUCAAAUAAGCUUCCUUUGAGAAUCAAUUCCUUGUUAGGGGACCAGGUCAGCAAUGUGGCAAAACUUUCUUUACUUGUUUUAUACGAGCAGAGGCUUGGUGAGAAAUCUGAAUGGGCUCCUUAUAUUAGGCGUCUUCCACAACCUGCAGAGAUGCAUAACACGAUUUUCUGGAAGGAUGAUGAAUUAGAGAUGAUUCAACCAAGUCCAUUAUAUAGAGAAACAAUUAGGCAGAAGAAAAUUGUUGAAAGUGAUUUUUUGGUGAUUACAAAGGCUUUGUGUCACUUCCCUGAACUUCACAUGGUCAUCACACUAGAUGACUUUAAGUAUGCAUAUGCUUUAGUUACUUCUCGAGCAUGGGAAAGCUUCAGUGGUGUCUCUAUGAUUUCUUAAACCAUGACGGUCUUUCAGAUUCAUUAGUUUUGAAUGACGAUGGAAAACAACUCUCAGAGGUUAUUGCUGACCGCGAUUAUGCUCCUGGUGCUCAGGUCCUAAUAAGAUACGGAAAGUUCUCAAAUGCUACUCUACUUUUGGAUUUUGGAUUUACACUUUCUUAUAAUACACAUGACCAGGUUAGAAUCCAGUUCUGACUGCUGAGCCUGAAAAGCUUUACUUUAUGAUAUGUCAUUGUGUUCUAUGCAGGAUUUAGGACUUCUCACCCUGACUGAGGAUAUGGCUUUAGAUUGGAACCUUUGGAGAACUAGGAUUAGAGUAGCUGGUUAGGAACUCGGUGCUAUAGAGGUUUUUGUAGUGUGUUGUGUUUGUUUGGAAUCUUUUAUUAAUGCUUGUAGAACUUUCUUUUCAUUGUACUUGGUGUUUUAUCCAUGCUAUACUGUAUACCCUAUCAUAUUUUUUGUGCAGGUUGAGCCGGGGGUCUCUUGGAAACAGCCUCCCUGCUUCCAAGUAGGGGCAAGGUCUGCGUACACACACCCUCCCUAGACCCUACUGUAGUGGGAUCCAACUGGGUUGUUGUUGUUGUUGCAUUGUGUUCUAUGCAUUUAGUGUAACAUCUAUGAAUAUUCAAUCUUAGACCUCAGCAUUUUACUGUG